AUGACAUUUAGAGAUUUUCAUCUUCUGAUAACAGCAGUGUUGUUUUUCAGUCUCUGUCACGCCCAAGGUACAACUCAAUGGGACGGGGCUAAAGUGGUAGACGGAAACUGUUAUCUGCUGGUCCGAACAGCAGUCAAAUGGGGCGAAGCCAAGAAAGCAUGUGAGGACAUAGGAGGAACUCUGGCAACCGUGUCUUCAGAAACUCUCAUGUCUGACAUACGCUCCGCCUUUAACUUUUACGAGAUGAGUUACUGGAUUGGUCUAAACGACAUAGCAACAGAAGGAACAUACGUGUGGACUGAGGACGGGAGCACGGCCAGUGGAAUCAGUGGCCUGUGGGGUGAAGACAGACCAGUAACUGAACCGGGCAACGAAUUUGACUGCAUCUAUGUUGACGAAACUGAUAAGUAUCUUGACCUUCAGUGUGGUACAGUCGCAACCUACUACCUGUGCAUGGAACCUGCAACAGUGCCCAAAUAUUAA